AACUCUCACACUCAAAAAAGCACAAACAAACAUAGGGUUUGAUCAAUCUUUGAUUAUUGUGAUGGCAUUACAAAAAUUUCUUGUUGCUUUUGCAAUUGUUUUUGUGCUAUUUUCAUGUGUGAAUGCCCUAAGCUCCAAUUACUAUGACAAAACAUGUCCAGAUGCUGAGUCAACUAUCACCCAAGUUGUAAGAAAAGCUAUGUGGAAUGACAAAACAGUUCCAGCUGCUCUUUUAAGGAUGCAUUUCCAUGAUUGUUUCGUCAGGGGUUGUGAUGGUUCUGUGCUGCUGAAUUCGACAAAAAAUAACCAAGCAGAGAAAGAUGGACCUCCUAAUAUUUCACUGCAUGCUUUCUAUGUUAUUGACGUUGCUAAGAAACAAAUCGAAAAUAUGUGCCCUGGAAUUGUCUCCUGUGCUGAUAUUUUAGCUCUUGCAGCUAGAGAUGCUGUUAAACUUUCUGGAGGACCUAAUUGGGAAGUGCCAAAAGGUAGAAAAGAUGGACGAAUUUCUAAGGCUAGUGAAACGCAGCAAUUACCUCCUCCAACUUUCAAUAUUUCUCAAUUGCAACAAAGCUUCUCUCAAAGAGGUCUUUCUUUGGAUGAUUUAGUUGCACUUUCAGGAGGACACACUUUAGGAUUCUCUCAUUGUUCAUCUUUCCAAAACAGAAUCCACAAAUUCGAUAAGAAAAACGACGUUGACCCAACAUUAGAAACAUCAUUUGCAGCUACGUUAAAGAAAGUAUGUCCCAUUAAAAACACAGUGAAAAAUGCAGGCUCUACCUUAGAUUCUACGACAUUUUUAUUCGACAACGUAUAUUACAAGUUAGUAUUGCAGAAUAAGGGUCUUUUCUCUUCAGAUUCUACUUUGCUCACAAAUUCAAGAACCAAAAAUUUAGUUUCUACUUUUGCCAAUUCUCAAAAUGAGUUUUUUAAAGCUUUUGCUAAUUCAAUGAUUAAAAUGAGUAGUAUUAGUGGUUCUGGUCAAGAAAUAAGGCGUGACUGCAGAUUUGUUAAUUAGGUGAUGAAAUGGCAAUAAUUUCACAGGCUUUGUGUAUUGUAAUUCGUCGUUUGAUUUAUUUUGAAUUGUAUUUUCUUGUUAUUAUUCUUUUGUGGGAUUAAUAGUUUUUUUAAGAAUAAAAAGCGAACGCUUGAAGUCUGUGUUUGUAAAGUUUGAGAGGAAUUUGUGAGUGUAUUUAUUUGAGUAUUGAAUUCUUGUAUAGUUGUAUCCUUAUUGAAUUGUAAUAUGGAGCUUGUGGAAAUAAAUUCCGAUUUCUUUAUU